AUGGUUGCGCAAUCACUUAGUUCGCUCCUGCAGCGAGCUACGAUUGACGAUCACGAGGAGGUCCUCAAGUCCUGCAACGAGACUCUCAAGAAGUCCAAGAACGACCAGAACGCUCAACACAUCAAGGCGAUCGCUUUGCUCAAACUCGACCGUUACGACGAUGCUUUGCGAGUUUUUAAGACCGGAGAUGAUGCGCUAAAGCAAGCUGCUGGAUUGGAGUAUGCCUAUGCGCUAUACAAGUGUGGAAAGCUCGACGAGGCCCUUGACGCUGUUACCAAGUCUGGUGCGGGGAGGGGUGCUAGCCAUUUGGAAGCCCAAGUGAGCUACCGAGCUGAGAAAUUCCGUCGCGCCGCAGAUUUAUAUGAACAGCUGUCCCAAGAUGGGUCGUCGCACCACGAGGCAAAUGACCUCGGAAUUAACUCAUGGGCUACGGAUGCUCAGCUGCAGUGGAAGGGAGAAGCAGAAUACGUUCGCCACGAUCGGCCAUCGCGGGAGGAUCUCGAGUCUUUUGAGACGGCAUACAAUGCGGCUUGCUUGACUAUUGCCAAGGGUGCCUUCGCUCAAGGCGAGGUGCUUCUUAACCGCGCAAAGAAUAUCUGCCAAACAUCAGAGGACCUGACUCCCGAAGACCGUGCCGCCGAGCUGCUACCAAUUGCUGUGCAGUACCUAUACGUCUUGCUUCGGCUGGGAAAGACGGAACAAGCGGAGGCUCUGCUCGAGGAGAUUUCGGUAGAAGAUAUCCCCGAACUAUCCACGAAGAAGAUCGCCCGCAACAACAUCGUCCUUGCUCGCCAGACCAACAUAAACCCUUUCAUCCUCUACAAGGCUCUCCAUGAGACGCCCGAUUCGGUCAACAAUGACCGUCUCUUCGAUUGCCAGGACAACAUCCUGGUCGGCAACUCGCACGCUGCCGAUCUCCUGGUCCAGAAAUACGAUGGUAUCAUUCGAUCCACGAACAAGGCGCUCUCAAAGAGCUCUUGCCCCUCCACCACAGCCGGCACCAACCUCCUCUCCGUGUACAAUGCUGCAGCACAAGCUGAAGGCCAAACUGGACAAAAGGCUUUGAAGAAGAUCCUCCCGCUCCUUGAACGCCGGCCGAAGGAUCUGGGCUUGCUCCUUACCGUUGUCCAGCUCUACGUCAACGAGGGCAACACCACCUCUGCAAUCACCGCCAUGGAACGAUCUCUACAGGCCCUGGAGGAGUCCAUCUCCGAAGCAGACCAAGAUGCUCGCUUCAACCCUGGCUUGUUGAGCGCUCUGGUCUCAUUGUACCAGCUUGAGGGCCGGAAACUCCAGAUCCGGUCUACCCUUGCACAGGCUGCCGCAUACUGGCGCAAGAAGCCCAAUUCUCCUGCAUCUCUCCUUCGCGCCGCGGCCACCUCCCUUCUCCACUCGGACGAUCGGGCGGAUUUGACCACCGCAGGUGACCUGUUCAAGGCACUCUACCAGCAAGACUCCAGCGACCGCGUCGCGAUCGCCGGCUACGUGGCAUCCCAAGCAACUCUCAACUACUCACAGGUGGAAUCUCAACUCGAGCAGCUCCCCGAAGUGAGCGAGCUUGUCGCAGACAUUGACGUGUCCGCCCUGGAGUCCGCAGGUAUCAUGCCCUCCGCUACAUCCGCCGCAGCUGCCGCCGCAUUCGCCGGUGCCCGCAAGCGCACUGCCGCGGACAAGGAAGCCCGUGCUGUGAAGCGUGUGCGCAAGUCCCGGUUGCCCAAGGACUAUGACCCGGAGAAGAAGGCCGAUCCCGAGCGCUGGCUGCCUCUGCGUGACCGGUCUUCUUACCGGCCCAAGGGUAAGAAGAACAAGCAGCGUGCUGCUGAUCGGACUCAGGGUGGACCCGUGAAUGAGAAGGCUGAAGAGUCUCCUGCAGCUGUGCAGCAGAAGGCUGGUGGUGGAGGUGGAGGUGGUAGCUCGAAGAAUAAGAAGAAGAAGGGGAAGCGGUAG